AUGGCGCCGCGCACGCUCGACAUAGACGAAGUGUCUACGUCCGACUCUGGGUCAGAGGACGGCGCGGUGGACGCGGACGACGACGCGGCGAGCAAGCUCGCCUCGUCGCCGCCGCCGCCGACCGGCACGCCGGAGCCUGCGCCCGAAGUCAAGUGCCUGUGGGAAGACUGCGGGCAGACGUUUACGGACUUGCAACCCUUUAUUGAGCAUCUGCAUUCCUUCCACAUCGGCAUCCACAAGUCGCGGUACGCGUGCGAAUGGACUGGAUGCGCCCGAAAAGGCAAGAGCCAGACGUCGCGGUUUGCGCUCCUGAGCCACCUGCGCAGCCACACCGGCGAGAAGCCGUUUACGUGCCCGCGCCCCGAGUGCGACAAGUCCUUUACGCGCUCCGACGCGCUGGCCAAGCAUAUGCGUGUGCAGCACAAUACGCCGCCGCAGGGCGGCGCCGCGCAAGGCGCACGCGACGCGGACGAGUCGCGCGAUACCCACGGCGCACCCGCCGCGCGCCGCGCCGAACAGGCCGGCGACGAGUCGCUGGACACGUCCGAGGACCGCCCGGCGGCGAACGGCGCCUCGACGCUCGCCACGGCGCAGCGCUUUGUGCACGGCGCGCGCGCCGAGCUGCCGAGCUACGAGGCGCGCGAGCUCGAGCAUGUGCUGCGCCGCGCCUCGGCGCCGAGCCGCAAGCGCAUGCGCCACGACGCCAGCUCACCGUCCGCCCCCGACUCGAGCGACGAAGGCGAGUUGCCGCAGGACGAAGACGGGCGGCAGGCGCUCUUCCAGCGCUACCUUGGCGAAAAAGCCAAGCUGCGCGCUGGUAUGCGCGCCCGCGAGCAGUGGCUCUCGCAGGUCCAGGCGCUGCGCCGCGAAGAGUCGGAGCUGUCGCAGGCGUGCAAAGCGACGCUGGACCAGCUGCUGCAUCGGUGCCUUGGCGACGAGUACGCGGCGGCUAUGCAAUCUCCCCCCGCAUCGCCGAAGCGAUACGAUACCCGGCCGGAGAGCCUAUAG